GCCAAAUUAAGCGGUAAAUAUCCUUAAAGCUAAGACCGACACAGUUGAGGUUUACCGUGGGAAAGGGAAGAACAAAAAAAAUUAACAGCUAAAAUUGGGGCUGAAUUUGCCCGCCGAUAGGAGGGGAGCAGCUUUUAUGUCAUUGGAAUCGUGGUCGCUGAAUUGCCAAAUUAGCAGUUUUGCUUAGGGUAGGGUUUUUUUUAUUACCAGAACAUGCCUGUGAACACCUCAUGUCUCCUGUUCGACACUCGUGAAGAGAGGCGAUUACUGUGACGAUGACAUUGGCAAUGGCUGGUGAAAAGAAGCUUCUCCUCGGGCAAGAUGUAGAGGUUCGCCAGCUUGAGGAGGGGCUGCGAGGGGCAUGGCAUGCAGGGGCUGUGAUUAAGGUGCAGAAAUGGCGACGUUAUGUUGAAUAUAAGGAGCUUCUAAGCGAAGAUGGAGUGAAGAAGCUUGUGGAGAAUAUUCAAGUAAGUGAAGCAGUAGAAGGUUUGGGUCUGAGGGUUGGAAGGAAAAGUAAAAUAUACAGGGGUUGUAUUAGGCCGUUGCCCCCUGCUCUGGAUCAGAAAUGGGCAUAUAAGUAUGGCCUCUGUGUUGAUGCUUUUUUUGAAGAUGCUUGGUGGGAGGGCAUUCUUUUAGACGAUUUAGAAGACUCUGAAGAUAGGCCAGUACUUUUUCCAGAUGAAGGCGAUGUGCAUGUAAUUCAUAAGAAGAAUUUGAGAGUCACACAGGACUGGGAUGAAAAGGAGGGGACCUGGAGUGUCCGUGGGCAUUGGGUUUUGGCCUCCAUGCGAGAGAAUUUUGAAAGAGAAGGGUUGUCUAUUAGGGUAGUUUGGUAUUAUUUAAGAGAGAAAGUUGGUUUUAUAAAGAAGGUGGGGGAAUGGACUUCUGCUGCCCAAGAAGAAUUAUUGUGUGCCAAGUUGAUGAAGGAAGUUGUGGCUGAACUCACAGCACAGCCUUCAAAGCAAAUAUUACCUUUUAUGGAAUCUUCCACAGAAUAUUCAAGAUUAACUUGCAAUUAUUCAAACACACAGCAACCAUUGCAUGCUGAACUGAAAGCCUCAAACAAGACUCAGGAGUCUGAAGAGAGCCUCGUAUCUAAUUUGGUCCAAGACAAUGAUGCUGGGGCCAUAAUUUGCUGUGAAAAAUCUGUUCUUGGAGGGGCUUUAGAUUCCACUGUCUCCCCAGAUAUUCCGAUUGCUUCAUAUACUAGUGAAAAAGAUUCAAUGACAACCAUACAUGAAAGGACCAACAUGUCAUCUGAGUGCCCCCCUGAGUUGGGCUUUGAAGAGCUAAUGGAUCCUAUAGAGAAAGAAUUGUGUAAUGCAUCAUCUAGUACAGUAGGUUUGGGUGUUGAAGUAGAUUGUAUUGACAAAGAAUGUAGUAGAAGCUCACUGGAAUCUCAGGAGGUGAGUGUGGCAGAAGUGAAGGAACAAGCAGGCUCAGCAGGCAGGGAAUCAUUCAACAGUGCAGCCAGCAAGUUGAAUUUGAAGGAGCAAAUGGACAGCUAUGAUACAGUAUUAUUGAAGGAUUUACUCAUCAGAGCAAAAUUAAAGGGAAAAAAAGAACACAUUGAUAGGAUGUUGUCUGAUGCUGUAUUGAAUGGUGCAGGUUUGAAGGAAAAAUCAGAGUGCAUUGAAACAUUGGUCUCAGAGUCUCCAUCCUAUAAAACAUGUUUAAAUGACAAAACUGAGUGCAUUGAUACAGUGUUAUCAGAGUCUUUAACAAAUGGAUUGAAGGAUCAAAAUACUUUCACAAAUGUCACAGAAUUAUCUAACAAAGUGUCAGGUAAUUGCAAAUCACAUGCUUUGGCAAUGCCCAGGAAAUCUGAAGAGAAGCAAAAAUUGGGACUGCAAUCAACUCCAACUCUAACAUGGGAGCAGUGUGUAAAUAAAGUAAACUUUGACUCAACAUAUUGUCCUCCAGCAGUCCUUAACUAUAAGCCUAAUUUGGACAAGAAUUUAAAGAAAGAAGCCUGUAUGAAAGCAAAAAUGCACCUUCUAGCUGUAGGAUGGAAAUUUGAGUUUAAAAAUCGCCCUGGCAAGGAAAGAUGCGAUAUACGAUAUGUUUCACCAACAGGCCAUAAUUACUAUUCUCUUUUUAAAGCUUGUUCGGCAUGGAAGAAUGAGCAGAAGCAUCAGGCCACGAUAGAUGGGAAUUGUGAAGAUAAUGCAGAGGCUGAAACAUCAAAUAAUAAUAUGCUAGGUUGCGUGUCUGCAUCUCUGCCCCUACAAAAUGCUGGGUUGAGGGUUAGGAGAAACAAGUUAGCUUGCCGUGUUGAAUUUGGAAAGAAGCGACAGAGAGUUUCUGUCCCAUCAGAAGUUGCAAGGUGUGAACUCAACAAUGACAAUAAUGCUGAAGAUACUUCCAAAAUUUAUAAAGGAUUGAAACAAGGGGUUAGCAAAGGUGGGAAGCUUCAUAAUCACGGCAAUAAGCAGAGAAGUGUUACACGUGAUGUGUUACAUCUAUCAGAAACAUCUCAGAGAUUAAAGGUAUGUGAUUUUCAAUCAGAGUUCUUUGACCGGGAUGUUGUGCAAACAAAUGGUAGCACAGAAGGAACAAAAUCUAAAAAUUCUGGGCAAGGUCCAGAACAGGCUACUUUUUCAAGCAGCAAAAAGCGUAAAUUCAAUUUGGAAGGUUCAAGGAGAUAUCAGAAACAAAAAAAAGCAAAACGUUGCCACCUUCUGCUGAAAAGAAAUGGCAAAUCAACCAAUGGUCACCGAAUGCAGGCACUUCUUUCUACUUCAGAAAAAUCAAAGGAUGUAUCUUUAAGUCAUGGUAGGCGUACUGUCCACUCUGUUUUAUCCUGGAUGAUAGAAAAUGACGUGGUGGCUGAAAAUCAGAGAGUUUUUUACUGGAAUAGAAAGGAAAACUACUCAAUGGCAGAGGGUUGGAUAACCCGUGAGGGAAUUCGAUGUAAAUGUUGCAGAAAUGUAUAUUCUCUAAGUAAUUUUGAAUUCCAUGCAGGAAGCAAGCUUCACCGCCCUUCAACCAAUCUUGUUUUAGAAGAUGGCAGGUCAUUGCUGCAAUGCCAGAUGAAGAUGUUGGACAACAAUAACAGGCCAAAGGGGCAUGGAGCCGCAACAAGAGGACUAAGAAAGAGAAAAGCUCAAUUCCAAAGCGAUGACAUCUGCAAGAUCUGUCACUUUGGUGGAAAAUUGAUCCUGUGUGAUCAUUGCCCAAAUUCAUUCCAUAUAGAAUGCAUUAAUAUGGAGCUUGUUCCCAAAGGAAAAUGGUACUGUCCAAAUUGUCGCUGCACAAUAUGUGGGCGCAGUGAAUUCAAUGGUGAUCCAGAAUGCUUCACAGAAUUGACAGUUCUUUUUUGUGAUCAGUGCGAGUGUCAGUAUCAUGUGGGAUGCUUGUAUGACCAAGGAAUGCCAAAAUUAGAUUCUUGUCCUAAAGGAAACUGGUUCUGUAGUGAGAGAUGUUCUAUGAUAUUUUCACAGCUUCGGGGUCUUGUUGGAAUGGUGAAUCCAUUAGGUGUUGAAGGUCUCUCUUGGAUGUUGCUAAGGUCAACAGAAGAAGAUCAUGAAAGCUUUGAUCAAACAUCAGUUGAAGCUACUGCAGAGCAUCACAGCAAGCUGUUUGUUGCACUCUCUGUAAUGCAAGAGUGUUUUACGCCUAUCAUUGAGUCCAGGACAAAGAAGGAUCUUGUUGAAGGAUUGAUUUUUAAUAGAGGAUGUGAUCGAAAUUUGUUGAACUUUCGUGGUUUCUAUACAAUGAUACUGGAAAAGGGAGAUGAACUUAUUUCUGUGGCUACAGUGAGGAUUCAUGGACAAAGAGUUGCAGAAAUGCCUCUUAUUGGUACACGCAUCAAAUACCGUCGUAAAGGAAUGUGUCGACUUCUUGUCAAGGAACUUGAAAAGCUCCUUCAUUCUUUAGGGGUUGAAAGGCUUAUUUUGCCAGCAAUUUCUGAGCUAAAGAAUGCAUGGGAGAAGGCGUUUGGGUUUCAGAGGAUGACUUCUGCAGAAAGAUUUGAGCUUUUGCAACACAGUUUUGUGAAUUUUCCAGACACAACAGUGCUUCAGAAGCUAUUUGUGAGAGCAGAAGGAGCUGCCAGCGAAAGUGGACUAGCAGCGAUGCAUUUUAAUCUAGGAAGCGGGCAUGGAGAACAGCCAAUUCAGGGAGGAAUUGUUCCUAAGAAUUUUGAUAUUAGUACAUCGAAAAUAGGAUUACCUUAUGCGGAUGUUACAGAUAUUGUGACUCCUAUCUGGAGUUUGCCAUGUGACACUAGCACAUACAAGGUGUCACCCUAUAGUGCUGGAGGAAAUGACUGCAUUGAUGAUGAUAUGAAGCGGUCUCUGCUGAGAGGUUAUCAGCAUGAUGGUUCAGUUUCUUAUUCAAUGAAAAAGCACAGAAUUCAAAAAAAUUCAAUAAAAAAUGUCAUCCAAACUACUCCAGUGGAGGAUGAUCUGUACUUGUCUAAGGUGGUUGUAGGAACUACACGUUCAAAUCGUCUGGUGAGGCAAGUGAAGUGGAAAGUUGCUUAUUCUUGUCAUAGGCAGAAACUUAAACCAUUCUGGUCAGAAGAACAUCAGUUCAAUGGAAGAGAAUGUAUGGUGAAAAGAAAACGGAGUGAAGGAAAAAGUUAUAAGAAGAAAGAGGAUUCUUCUAUCCAAGACAGGUGCCCUGUUAUCACUGUUACUGACUCUUUGGAAUCUUCACAGGAUAAGGAUGUUCAGCUUGGCAACUUUGAAAGAAGGAAACAUGAUGAAGAGGAUUUAACAAGAUGCAGGAAAAGUACAACUACAGUUGAUGGGAACUGCUUAUCCACCUUAAAAGCAAGUGCAUCUGCAUUCAAUAGACCUACAUUUCUUGAAGGGAGAUCAAAUUGUGAAGCUUCCCACAAGGAAAAUGUGGGGAGUAAUUCUCAUACACUACGUAGUAGUGAGUGUUACAGGGAAAAUGAUUAUGGGCAUCUGAGUUGCAUAAAGUCUUUUAAGUAUUUUUAUAGGCGACGUAGAAGAUUAUUAUGUUCUGGGAAUCACUUGUAUGGGGAUAUCCCAUCUGAUGGAACAUUAUCAGUAAGAUCUUUACAUUCCAAUGCAGUCCGUUGAUGAAAUUGGAGCAAUGUAGAGUAACUUCUAUUCAACCUUGACAGAUUUUUUGUGUAUUUAUGGUUGGAAGUAUAGCUGGAUAGGAUUCUGCUAAUCAGGAAGUGUCCUAAAUUUAUGUGAAAAAUAUGACGCAGAAUGCUUGAGUAAAAUGUCAGAAUCAUAAGUUGUCAAGCAGAAACUUGUUAUAGAAAGGCAAUAUGGACAUUUUCAACGAAAGUUCUUGUUAUUGUAGCAGUGGCAUCGAACACAGAUAAAUCUGAUACACUGUAACUUAAGCAGAGAAGUGCAGGAAGUUGAAAAAAAUGUAGACACAAGGGAGUGAUUAUAUUUGAGAUCUCCGCUGCCAAAUUUGACUCACAAGAUUGGCUGUAAAUAAGAUUGCCUUUUCAUUAAAGAUGCAAGGUAUGUGGCUGUUUAAAAAAUGGAGAGAGCUUUUAAAGGAGCUGCAUCUUCUAGUUUUGGUUGGUCAAGUCUCAAUUGUGAUUUUCUAGAGUUGAGAGAUCCUUUUACCAAUAAUCAGGAUUCCUGUCAUUGGCUUCUGCACAAGUGCUUAGGCUGUCUGUAAUCAAUAAUUUGAAUGAUUUAUUGUAUAGAUUUUCUUCUUUCAUUUUGAGGAAUGCAAGGAAAGAGGCAAAGUUGUUUAAAAUCU